AGCUGAAUCUGAAGAUCGAUCUUACCAAUUGGCCAGGGAGUUACGAGGAAGUUGUACACCAUGUGCCGCGAGUUCACAAGAAACUCUCGCGCUUCUCAUUCCGAGGCCUCUACGCAAUGCAUGAGUUGAAGCACAUCUGCGUUUCGAUUACCUAUACCUCCAGUCUUCCGCCGGCGCUUUUGACCUUCUUUCAGGGAAAGGGCAAGGCCCCUGUGAAGAUGCGCGAGAUGAUGCGAACUCUGAUUGCCUCGAUCCCCAACACCGUUGAGAAAGUCAAAUGGAAUUUCACAGAUUCCGAACGUGACAUCGAAUGGCCUGAGGAAUACAGGGAAGACUACCCCAGAUGGAGUGAAGUGGACGGGAAUGUCUUGGAGAAGUUAGCGAAGGAAUUCGAGGCGCUUCGUGGCAUGGAAGCUGCAUACUUCCAAGAGGAGGUCGAAGGGGAGAUGGAGUCGGAGAGGGAAGCACCUGUCGAAGUGGCGAAUGAAGCAGAAAUCGAGGCCGAGGGUGAAGCGGACGAUGAAGCGGCGGUCGAGGCAGAGGAUGAAUAGAGGUGGAAGAUGAGUGGAGCUGACAUCGACUCUCUUUUGAGGAUCGGAAUGAAUGCAGGGGUAGAGCUCAGGGAUGUAGGUAUGUGAAGGAUGGCGUAAGCUCCUACUCAGGUGAUUGAUUGAUAUCAAGGCUGGAACUGAGCCGCUGCGAUACCUAGGUAGCGAAGGCUCCUUAAGUUGUUGGCAUUUUGGUGGGAUAUUAGCCUUUUAAUCACGCGCAAGCUUUACACAAUUAUACGUAAGACUCAGAAAUCAGUAUGGC